AUGAAAGAGAAGAAGAAGGACAUACCACCAACAAUGCAGAAGCUAACAACUUCUUCCCCCCCAACGGCUCUAUCCUUCAAAACCCAAGAUCCAAAUUCAAACAACAUCCAAGAACUCGUCCCACCAUUAACCCCAGCAACAGAAGUCGAUCUUCAAAAGUCUUGUGCUAGAUUGGUCCAAUCGACGGGUUAUUCCAGAUCCUUCAAGGAUGCUAUCAACUCCUCCGCGAGUAAAAAUGCAACAACAACGAUGACGACAACUCAAAGAAGGGGGAAUGGAACAAUACCGGUGGUGAGGAGUUAUAAUCGGGCUGCUGCUUCUUCUUCUUCUUCGAAAAGUGGGAGUAGAACUCCGGUUGGGAGGGUGGUUAAGACUGGUUCUUCUUCUUCUUCUGCGGGGCAUAGAAGGAAUGGAUCGACGGUGAGGUAUGAGAAGACUUCGACGUCGAAGUAUGUUCCACCUAGACGACCGGCGCCUGAGAAGGCUUUACCGGUGGCUAGGAGGGUAAGGGUCAAAAGGGAGGAUAUAGGAGGAUCUGAGGAAGAAGGAAGCAGUAGCAGUACGGUGGUUAAAGAAAAGGGACAACUUGAAAACAGAGAGAAGAAAUCAAUGGAUACUAUUAAAGAAGCAAAGUCUUCGGAUGGAAGUAGCGUGGAGGAAACGAGAACAGCAACAACAGAGAAGAAUAAAAAAGUCGGGGUGAAGAAGUUGGUUAAUGUCAUGACGGGGUAUAUACGACAGCACGAGGCUUCAUCACAACCGGCUAUGGAAUCACAGUCUUCUCCGUCAAUGUCGAAUGAAGUAUCACCAUUAAAGGAAAAGUCGAAUCCGUGGGAGUCAUUACAAAUCAAAUCUUCAAAGAGGAAGGAUGGAACUACUUACAUCGAAGCUAUUCCCGAACACCUCCAGACGAAAACUAGCUCUGAUGAGGAAGGGAAACAUACGGGUCUAAAAAGAAGUGUUUCAAAACGUCUGGGUAAUGCGGUGAAGGAAUAUGUCAAGCCUCCACAUGUCGAUAGGUUUACACCGGAACCAUUGCAUCCUAUAUCUCCAACGUCGAAGGAAGAAUCGAAAAAGACGGAACAACAGAAGAAAUAUAGAGUCACGAAGGCCAUGAGAGAAUACGUCAGACCUUCUCCGACUGAUAUCUCCAACGUCACAAUUGAAGAAGAAGGACAACCUCCUAGUUCACAAACUUCAAAGCCCGAAAGGACAUCAAAAUAUAUACCCGCAAAACCUCCCUCGCCCGUCGAGAAGCCAACUUCUCCAACCUUAACAACGACAAAGGACAAGAAGCCAACUUCUCCAACCAUAGCAACGACAAAGGACAAGGACCUUCAAAAGGCGUCAACAGAAUCCACAACUUCCAAACAGCCUACCGCUAAUAAUCAUAGCCAUCACAAUCCAUUCCGUCUACUCCAUGACUAUGUAAAACCAUCUAUGACGGAGCUACCAACCCUCCAAACAAACAUUCCACAAGCUCCUACCCACCUUUCCCCCAUCCUUCCCUCGGAAAGAAAACCCCUGACCACCCAAAGAUCACAACCUUCGAUGCCUUACGUCCCACCUAAGAUUCGACCUAGAGGCAAAACACUCCCCUUGGACGACAAUCCGCUAUCUCCAAAACCAACUUCUCCUAAUAAUCCUUCCACCGUUGCUGCUGCUGCUGCUGCUGCCACCCGUCAGGGACCAAUAUUCGGAGGCGGAUACCCCGCAAAACAAGACAUUAUAGCUACUACCACUACCACCACAACAACAACAUCAACAGCGGGAUCAAAGGAUAAAGAAAACCGCGGACCGAUAUCACCUGGAUUCUUUGGUAGAAAUCCGGGUGGCAGUGGGUUUAGGAUACAUUUUUCACAUUUUUUGAAUAAGCAGAGGAGUGAUGGGUAUGAUCAGCUGGAGUGA